CCCUCCCCGCCUCUCUCCGCCGCUUCUCUCGCUCCCGGGUCAGAGGGCCGGAGCGAGAAGAUGGCGAAGACGUACGAUUAUCUCUUCAAGCUGCUGCUGAUCGGCGACUCGGGGGUGGGCAAGACUUGCCUCCUGUUCCGCUUCUCCGAGGAUGCCUUCAACACCACCUUCAUCUCCACCAUCGGAAUUGAUUUUAAAAUCAGAACGAUAGAACUAGAUGGAAAGAAAAUUAAGCUUCAGAUAUGGGACACAGCAGGUCAGGAAAGAUUUCGAACCAUCACAACGGCAUACUACAGAGGAGCCAUGGGAAUUAUGCUGGUCUAUGACAUCACAAAUGAAAAGUCCUUCGACAAUAUUAAAAAUUGGAUAAGAAACAUUGAAGAGCAUGCCUCUUCAGAUGUUGAAAGAAUGAUCCUGGGUAACAAAUGUGAUAUGAAUGACAAAAGACAAGUGUCAAAAGAAAGAGGAGAGAAGUUAGCAAUUGACUAUGGGAUUAAAUUCUUGGAGACAAGUGCAAAAUCCAGUACAAACGUAGAAGAGGCAUUUUUUACACUUGCACGAGAUAUAAUGACAAAACUCAACAGAAAAAUGAAUGACAGCAAUUCAUCAGGGUCGGGGGGACCAGUGAAAAUAACAGAGAACCGAUCAAAGAAGACCAGUUUCUUCCGUUGUUCGCUACUUUGAUGAACUAUUUCUGAGAGACUGCAGCACACCUAAAGGACCCUUUCCUGCUUCUCUGAAAGCACAGGUCAGCCAGCCUCAGAGUCACACCGCCCGGCUGCAGCUGAGAGCACCACUGAACCUCGACUUCUCCACACAGAAGGCCACGUGCAUUCCAGCCUCAUGGCCUAUCAAGAUAACAGGCUCUUUUUUUCAAACAUGGAAGCAAUGAAGUGGAGACAUACGGAGGACUUAACUUGUUUUUCCUUGGUUUGUCCCAGAAGCUGCUACCUUUUCUUUUUCACUUUGCACAUCAGUGUUAGCCUGUCCCUGCUACACCACAGUUUCAGACUCGUAUUUGCACACUUAUGCCUCAUGAAUUCAAGACAAAUUUGUGCGCUUGGGAUGUUUGAAAAAAGUAAAACAUUUAAAGCAGAGGUUAACAUACUAAAAAGAUAUGGUCUGGGUCAUGUGGCCAGAUGUUAUUGCAUUCAUAGAGUUUUUUAAGGGCUCUAAUUUGUGAUUUCCUUAAAUAAGAAUCACUAAAUUCUGAUAAAAGUGAUCUUAAAAAUUCAUAAAAAAAUGUCCAUCUAUUCGUCAGAGGCCACAAUUCCUUUAUUUCUUCGGAUUGUUUAGAGUUUUGUUUCAUUCCUGACCUUUUUGCUGGAGAGUUUGGGUAGCUGAAUAAGUCACUUUUUCAAUUGAUUACCUCUCUCUGAUCAAUAGAAGCUACAUUUGGAAAUCACCUUAAUCUUGCGUUUCCUGGGGUUUGUAUUUACUAUUCUUGCCUGUGUAUGACCUAUUGUAACCAUGCCGUUAUCAAAAACAACAUAUUUGAACAUUGUUGUCUGUUUCUAAUUGUGAACUUCUUGAGCUGAAAUUUUACAUAGGCAGAAAGAUGUACCAUUUAAGUCUUAUUUUAGCAUCUUAUUGUGGUUCUGUCACAUCAGCAAUGUAAUAGAUGCAGUGUAUUUUUUCUUAAGUUCACUCUUCAGCUUGCUGGCUUUAUUUGUAAUACCCAGUCCCUACUGUGAUCCCUGUCUGCAAGAGUCAACAAGUAUUAGAUUUAGAUUUUUGUCUGUAGAAAGCUUACCUAUAGGGAGAGAGAUUAACUUGUUGAUAUAAAUGUAAUAGAGAUAGCUCUUGGUAAUGGUGAACAGAAUGAUUUUUUGUUCUAUUUUUAUUUGGACUUUUUUCUUUUUUUUUUUUGAACAAAGGUAAUCAGACCUAGUGCAGCCUCUAGGUAAAGUCUUGCCUUUUCGUUAGAGAAAAUAGGAGCAAGGUUUCCAUUUUAAAACAGCUGUUGUUGAAUGCGUAGGACCCAGUUCCAUCUGUUCAGGUUUGUGUUCUAGAACUCGGUCCAGGCAUUUGGGCCAAAGCCAACCAAAAGCUUAGCUGCCUUUCUCACCAGACACUGGUACUGGUAUACCUUUUGUAGAUGAAACCUUCACAUAAGGAAAAAAAAAAAAGCUGUUUAGCGUUAACUUAUGUGCCAAAUUCAGAUCAUCAUGUUGUUGUUAUUCUAGCCUUCAGUGUCGUAAUACGGAAGGGAGUAAUGAAUAGGUGAUUAGGGAAAUGAAUUCUGUCAAUAAUUAUUCUUCCUGUUAGGCCUUUUUUGUUUCAUGAAGGUUACCAUCAUGCUUGAUAGUUGAGAGUGAAGAUGAAAAUGGAAAUGGAUUGCUUGUUACCACAGAGCAUCCUAUGUCAGAUUAAGACGUAGCAUUAGAAUGCUUGGACCAGUCAAACGUUUACUACUUGUUUGAAAACUUAUGUACAGUUUAGCAGCAGCAAAUAUACCAGAACGAUUUUUGAUGGAUACACUAAACUUACUGUUGACAAAUUUCAGCCUUCUUGAUUUUUUUUUUUUUUUUUGUACUUACCUCUAGGCCUACAGGCACCUGUUGGCGUCCCCAUAUAAUCAGUAGUUGCUUGAUUGAAAGUUGGUUGUACAUCUACCAUUUUAAAAUUAGAUACAUUUUUGGAAAGAAAAAAAUAAUUUCUUAGAAACAGCUUGUAUUUACUAAUUUUCUGAAAAAGAUCCAAGCAGUUAUGCUUUCUGAAUGGUAACGAAGUACUUUCUAAAAGGCAAGUGCUAUGACACCAUGUAUGAAUGUAAUUCUCCUAGUAAUUUACCUCUGACUAUUUGGUGUCUUAACACUUUGGUUUCUUUCUCAGGGGUUGUCUGCAAACCAAAACUGACAUAUUCUGUGGUUAGCUUUUUUUUUUUUUAAACACAUUGCUUUGCUUUUGUUUCAUUCCUUCUCUCUUCCUUUGUCUUCUGUGGGUUAAUAAUUAGUCUCCGUGAACUUCCCUUUGAAAGAGCCUGUAAAAGUUAGAUGAGUCUAAAAGUGCUCUUUGAAGUAGCAGCAAUUUGGGGGUAUAUGCUCUGUUAUAUAGAAAAAAAUCGUCCUUGCUAUUUUCUUACAUUUAGCUUUGCUAAAUUGUAUAUAAUUUGAGCUAAGACCAUAGGAAAUUCACUUUCUGCAUGGUAAAAUGACCCAAUAAAUAUUCCACUUUGCUUAAUAAUGUACAUAUAGUGCAUUAUUUUUUCUAUUUGUAGAUGAAUUUAGUGACAGAUAAUUGUCUGUUCCCUGCUGAAACUGAAGAAAUCUAGUUUUGUGUGAACAUGUUUGUGGUCUUAUGGAUAAGGUACAUGAAGACUUUCGCAGCAGUAUUCGUGGUUCAGUUGGCUGCACUUUAUUAUCAGUGUGCUAAUUUUUUGACAAUGAUUGGACUAGACCUUUUCACCUAGAGUCUGAGGAUAUCAGACACUGAAAAUGUGCUGUAACUCAGUAGCAUGUAAACCAGUUGAUUGUAAAAUGUUUCACUGGGAAUUUAUUUUAGCUAUGUUUUACUUCAUACAGAUUAUGAGAAAAUAAUCCACCUGUGCAUUGGUUAGGAGGUGCCGCAGGGUUUCUUACUAUUUACAUGAACAUUUUGUGCAGUCUUUGUUAUAAAUGUUCAGAAGACUAUACUCUUUACUUUGAAGGACUAUUUUUUAAUUAUACCUCAUUUAGCUAACUAGUAUUCUAAUACCUGGUAGAAAACCGGUGAGCCAGCCUUUAAGCAUCCAACACCAUUUAGAUUAUAUGUUUUGUUUUGGACUAAAGACAUCAUUGGAAAAGGUAGGAGAUAGUUUACUCUAGACUAGAACAUACAUGUCAUAUCCACUAGUGCAAACAAGGUAUGAUCUCCCUGUCUCCAUUAAGCAAUUUAGCUGUGCAAUAUAGAUGAACGUUUGCAGAAAUUUCUAAGAGAUUAUAACUCCAUUUUACAGAUUCUGAAUGCUAAGAAUCUGUAUUAAGACUUAUAAAGUUUUUCCUGUGAACAAUAAGUGAUGCAUUUAAGCAGAUUUUUUUUUCUAGUUCAUGACUUAGCUUUCUUUAUAAAUUUAGUACUUAAUCUUUAAAGAUGAGCUUCUAAGCUGCUGUUUUUUAAAACAGCAUUUCAUUAUGUUGGUUUCCUUAUCUCAGAUUUUAAGCACUCAUUUCUGCUGUCAGGUUUUUUAGAAUUUUUCUUUUAAGAGAAAGGACAUUCCUUUUUCCCUUCUUGUUAUAUCCAAAGAAGGGAGGGAAAUGGAAUGUCCAAAAAAAAAAAAAAAUGAAAUUCCUUGUCCUAGAGAGAAUAUGCCAAUAAAAUUUUUAAUCCCAACACAAUUUUACAGAGAAUCAGUCUUUUUUUUUUUUAAGAUUAAUAAAAUUAAUGGGAGUCCUGUUCAGUAUGAAAAAAUCCUAAAUGACUGAAAUUUACAGAAGUGAAAAUCAGCAAACAAUUAUUUUAGGGAUAUUUUCAAAUUUUACUUCGUUUUUUGAAAUGCUUGUGCCAUAUGUGAUUGCGUUUCUUAUUGCCAAGAACUAAUAGAACUUCUUGUUUCAUUUUCUUACCUUUUUAAAAAUGUGAACUUAAUUAUUAUAAUUCAUUCCUACAGCCUUACAGAUGGGUUUUAUUUUGUUUGUUUGCGGCUGACACUGCAGUUCCUUCAGGGCAAAAUGCCAUAAACUAUUUGACUAAAAUCAUGCCCCUAAUGGGAAAUACCUAGUUUUUCCAUAGAAUUAUCCUUCUGUGUAGGUUUCAGCGUAUUUUAUUUUUGCUUCAACAGCUUAAUGUGAAAAGUUCCUGCAGAUAAAGUGAACCUGUCAUGUGGUUAAUCUUGUUUAAGCCAAUUCAUUAACUGUAUACUGCUACUGAUGCUGUGGUUUGUUUUGUUUUGUUUUUUAAAUGGAUUUUAUUCCAGGUGAACUUUUUUUUUUACAAUAAUGUUCGUCUAAAAUAAAAACUAC